GUAUAUGAUAUGUGUCGUUGUAUGUCUUUAGGUUCUGGGUACCCGAGGUUGGGGCUGAAUGCUGAUCUUAAUGCCAAUCCAUCCAUAUGCCCUUGCCUAAAACUGACUAGCCAGCUUCUUCGGCGUUGGGUUUUGGGCUGCCCAGAACACGUCGCGCGUUAGAAAUUACUUAGCUGAACAAAGGCGCCUUGUCUGCCUAAUCGGAAGAGAUUCCUUGCUGUUCCAAUUGUGAUAUGGCCCGGCCUUUGCAACAUUAAGAGCAUCCGACUGUGGUCACACUUCCCAGGACUGCGCUCUCUAUUUUACUCACAUCCCUCAUCGCAAGUGUUGAUUAUCCACAGCCAACAUGAGAGCCCAGUUCGGAGCUCUCCCCGUCGAGCUUCAGGGGAAGAUCGUCAGCUCUUGUGAUCAGUUGACAUUGUACAACUUGAACUUGGUGGACAAAGAGUGUAAUCGCUUGGCAACACCAGUUCUUUACUCUAACGUCAGACUCGCGAGCGUGAAGGUGCCAGGAAGGGCGUUGCCAGGGGCAAGAUCGCUCAAACCAUUCACGUGGACAAUGUUACAGACACCUCAUCUUGCGCGAUUAGUGAAGACGAUCACCUUCAGACACGAAUGGGCAACCGGACCGCCAACGAGUAUAGAUGGGCCGGGUAGUGGACUUGAUCCGUGGCCAUAUCACUCUCAGCGUAACGACAUACUCCUCGAGAAGGUCACUCCGCUGGUUAGAACGCGUAGAGAGAAGAGUGAAUGGCUUGACAAGUUGAUAGCCGGUCAUGAAGAAGCUAUUGUAGCACUAUUGUUACCUUAUCUUGUGCGUCUGCGUACGCUUGACUUGCGGCCAAAUUUCGGGGGGCCAUGUCCCACUCUUGAGCGGCUGUUUGUUACAGCAGGUCAGACGAAGCAUACACUUGAUGGGCAUCCUAUCCUCUCGACUAUCACGAACGUUAUGGUUUCAGGGUAUGAUGGAAAGUAUCCCACGCCCACACGCUUCUUUUUCUAUGCGAUCCAGCUCCCUGGCCUUGAAAGUCUGUUUAGUCACCGACUAGGAGAUUCCGAGCUUGCGGAGCACCAUAAUAUUGUCAAUGAUAUACCAUCACGAUCUCUGAGCGUCCAGAAUAUCGAGCUGCGAUGCGCCAAAAUGGACCACCAAGAUCUAGCAGGUAUACUUGCAUCAUGUAAAUGUCUCAAAACGUUCAUAUAUGAAGUAGGUAACACAUGGGCUUGGAUAGACAUGCGGACAGAACAAGUACGCCAGGCGCUUGCCUCUCAGGAGAAGAAUCUGGAAAACCUCUGCCUCAGCACCGAAGAGUUCGGCGGCUUCAACAUGUACAGCGACUCGGCAGACCCAAUAUCAUUUUCAGGGUUCAUCAACGUCACGCACCUUAAAAUCGCACCAGUGUACGUCUUCGGUCCUAGAGCCAUUCCGGAGAGCUUCAAAGACGCCCGGGAUCAGCCUUCCGAACAACCCGAUUCGGAUGAACAACAUAAAAUUAGGAAGGCAUUUAUUGGAACGCUGCCUCCUAAUCUGAAGAGGCUUCACUUCACGCGUUCCAGACUCCUUUUCGAAAAAGAUCACUUUUUCCCCGCCUUCGAAGAGCUUUUUGUCCACCACGACUCGCUCAAGGCAGUUCCAUCGCUCUCAUUGGUAACGUUCGAGGGAGACUUCAUCGGCAAAACUCGCUUGUGUAGAAGAGCCGCUCGCGUCGGCUCGAUGGUUAUUUCCAGGGGAAUUGAAGUUGAGUAUAUCCAAAGCAGAGAGGGUACGCAUGAAACAAUGCAUAUCGAUCGAGGAUUUGGCAUGAGUGAAAAGAUAAUGUUCGAAAGGAACACGCACAAUACGAUUGCAGAAGUGCUCUCGAUAGGGCCUACAACUAGAAGUGUCAAUGAUGAGCUUGAGGAAUGGGCCAGAAUGAAGCUAUGGACGAAGGAUUACAAGACUGGCAAGAUGGUUCGAAAAGACCAAGACAGUGGUGAUGAGGAGAAUGGUAAUAAAGUAGUAACGCGAAAGCAACUGGCAAGCCAAAUCGCCCAUGCCACAGCCACAGAUCAAUAAGAAUAUAGUGCAGGUGAGAUGAAAUCGUCAUAGUGUUACAUGAUUGCGAAAAGCUACUGCAUGCAAAACGUAUUUUAUUCUGGGAUAUCCGUAUAUGACUAUUGGGGUUUCUGAUGCAACAUUCUGUCUCUAGUGCUCUUUGCGAAUACGAGUGGCUUGCCAGUGGUGUAGACCCGAGAAAAUAGUUCUAGACCUCUUGGU